AAAAAAAAAAAAAAAAAAAGCAAUGGGCAGUAAACAUGUUUUUGUGGGCUAGUUCUUAGUCGAGAAAAGGUGCGGAUUGCCAUUUUUAUAUCUGAUAUUUGACAGAUAGCCGGUAAUUAAGAUCUGACAUUCAAACAAGCAUCGUGUAAGCGUUUUGAAAUGUGUACACUGCUAAAACUGUUUUCACUAACCCUUAUCUAUUUAUCAUUUGCUUCUCGAUCCUAACAAUAACCUUAAAUUGUUCAAAAUACGGACAUUCUGUUUCUUGUAUGUAAGCAUUGCGAGCGGUUGUCCAGUUAAACUCCGGCAUCUCCGUUGCCCUCGACUUUUGAAAGCCUCUAUUCCAUUAUUCUAUCAUAUAUUUCCUGCCGUCUAUCACAUAAUAAUAGUCUUACAUAUCGGACACGUACUUUGUCAUUUUCAGCCGGAGUUACUGAAGUUGCCCAUUGCAGUUCGGGUAAAUUUUCAGCUGGCUAUGCUGAAAGUAGUAACAACGCGACCGUGGAAAAACAGUGGUGGCAUACAACUCAAGGCUAUAGGUGCAUUUUGAGUUACAUAGCGGCGUUAAUUAACGAAGUUGUAUGGUAUAACUAGAUACUAACUAACUCUAUCGGUAUUAGGGGACGAUAGAAAAAGUAGAAUGUUUGCUGAACUUAAUCUUCAUUGCGUGAGCCUAAGUCGUUCGGAUUAAUGCGAUAUUAUCCCAUAGCUAGUAGUUAAAUACUAUCGAACAUUUAUCGACAUAUAUAUGUACAUUUUUUUCACGAUUGCCUAAGAACUUAAUUGGUCAUCUCUAUUGGCAUAAGGUACCCCCAACGAACUAAUGUAUACUACUAUUACUCAGUUUUCUGCUGCCCCAUUAAUCAAAUUACUACAAAGAAAAAAAGACCAUUUUAAACGCGCCGGUGGUUUUCGGGAAUUUAUCAGCAGGUUGACAGACAAUGUAUAGGGCAACACUCGAUCGAAGCGAACUUCCUAUCAGCGAAAGCAGCCGCGAUCUGCAUCACAUAGCGGAUGUUCAAAAUGGCAGUAACCCUUACAUGAGAACGUAUAGUGAAUGUAUUGACCGGAAUCGCUAUCUAUGACUACCACUGUUAGUACAAAGGUGAAAUUCGUACUCCUUCUAAACCCAUCUACAUUUAGAUCUCGAAGUCCACGCUUAGAUAUAGGACGGCAAGCGCCUCAUAGAGAAUUCAGUAAAUUGCGACCAAGCCGAACACCUUUCCACUUUAAUUAUACUAGCUGAUUCUGUAAAAUAACGAGCGUAUCGUCGAGAAACGCGCUUACAAACAUUCGAUAAGGAGUUUUUUGCAAAUGUUUUAGGCAGUGUUUCAAUGUGUACAUGUUUAGUAAACUCGAAUGUUUGCGUCGAAAUGCUGCUAUAACACGUUUGAUAACUGACUUAACCAGGUCUUGAGAGGACGGUCUUCUUUACGGACGUAAGAGUGUUUAUGUAUUUUUGCAUCGUGGUGUUCCCAUAGCACUCUCUUUAACAAUCACAAAUUUGUAUCAAAGCAAGGACAAAAAUUGUCUGCGCAUUAUAAGCAGCCCUAGUAGCGAAAAAAAGACGGAAAAGUAGCUAAGGGCAAAGGAGCAUUUUCGUGGCUCGAAGGAGGAACGUGCAGCCUUGAAGAACGGCUAUUCCCAUUUCUACUGUUCUUUCGAGAAAAGAAUAAUUUAAUAUUUAUUACGAUAUGUUUCCCAUUAGGUUUCAUUAACAUGCCGCUCGUCAUGGGACUGUGUAUUUGGAUGAGAUGAUGUUUCCCAUUGUCAUAAUGGUAAAACAAGAGAUCAGAUUUGACGCAUUUAGAACUAUCUGUGUACAAAACAGGCAAGGUGCAGUUUUUAAUACGUAGUAAUAUGUUGAUGUCUAUUUUAAAUUACUAUGUUUUUAUUACUGGUUGUAGGAUCUUGUUGAUAUCGAUGGAAGUUGCAGUAUUUCGCGGCUUUCUUUCGCGAAUUUAAAGAGAAAAAGUAAGCUUCACAACGUAACGGCACUUCAGAAUACGAUGCGAGAAGACAUUGCAGUUCACUUCAACAUCUCAUCUAUUUAGAAACAUUUCCAUGCGUUCGUAACGGUACAGCAACUUCGAACGGUAGCACGCUGAUACCGGAAAAUUAAUUCUAUCCUUAUGAAGCAGAAAACUUAGACAUCUGUCAGUAUCAAUUAAAGUUUCCUUUACCCUGAAAUCAAGUCCACCCAGAAGUGCAAGCUUUUUUGGUUCGGAAUGCAACCGAACAAUUAUAAUACUGGAUUCUAAUUUUCCCCACCGAGUCUGUACGAGGUCCGACAAUUGAGCUAGCACAGAUAUUGUUCUGUCCGCUCCAAAUAUUAGGGCCCUCGAUAUGCCUUCGUGCGCCCUUUGCCGUCCUAGUAUAUUGCAUCGCCUUAGAAGAUACUGAUAGCAAAAGCAGGCCGAUCGUUAUAAAAACAAAGACACGAAAUUCUGAAAAUCACGCACAAACUUUUGUCGUCUAAAUUUACUCGUAAGCUUAACGCGUCUUACCCGGCCAAAGGAUCCAUGAUGUCAAACAUUAUAACGGGGCAUUACAAAUAGUAGUGAAGGUAACGUAUGAAAGCUACGCCGCCGCAGCAGCACUUCGGAGAAGUGCAGUUUGCAUGCAAGGCCACAUUGGUGCAUAGAGGUUAGGUCUGCAAAAUGCAUGUGCAUGUUGGCUUAGUGGACUCCUUGGUGCUCACUCAACAGACGGCGGUAGAUUUCAUAUCUAUUUCUCACUCAACUCGCGUUCUCGGGUCGACCUAAAUAGAGUUGAAGGGACGUUGGCCCAGGGUUGGUUUCAUGAUGGAAUGGCCUUCCAUCUAUACCCGCUGCUCAUAAGUCUCAUGAGAGGGAAAAGGCGCAGCGCCUUUGCUCGGCUUCGCCGGUAACUCUCACUGGUGUGAUCUAGAAGGCUGCUAGUUAAAGGUCAGCUAGAUGGAAGGAAGGAAAUGAGCGGCUCAACAAGCGACGUUGAUAUUUUUGGAAGAGGCGGAAGGGCUACCUACACGUCAUGCCAACAUACAAAAGAAACGAACUACUUUGGCUUCGACUUCAUUGGCCUCUUCAGGUGAAGGUCCAGCCGGCAGAAUGCCAACUCUUUACGAAAAAAUUAGGUCCAAGAGCAGAUCGCUGCUGGUCACUCUCUGAAAAUACAUCUGGAUACGUUCAAACGCAGUAUUGUAAUCCAGCGUUGAAUUGAUGCGCGUCAUAAUUUACAAACGUGAAACACUGUGUGCGGACAAUAACUUCUUCGGCUUGCAUAUAAUGACAUUGAAUAGUUUUUUGGUGAAUCUCUCGAAGACAGUGCAGGACCUACUUGUUCAUUCCAGUGGCUGCCUAUGUCGUAUAGACAAAACUGCGACUAGCUUUAUAGACUUUUUUGCGGCAAAGUUCUGGCUUCGUACCACAGAAAGAGCGAAAGAGUAAGUUAUCAUAAACAGCUAUUGCUUUGAAUAUCACCCGAACCGAACGAGGGUUUUUUAGAUAUACAGUCGAUAAAACGUGCAGCACAAACUCAGCUUCUUCCUAAAGGAAGGAGCUGAGCUUGUCAAUUGCUAUUAUACGAUAACCGAUAGAGCUAAUAACAUAUUAAGCCUGUAGACCUUUACCGUAGAACUGCCAUUAAACUCUGAGGCCAAGUGUUAUUCGAGGUUAAUCACGCAUCGCAAGCUGACAUGAGCGUUUUGUUUGCUAUGAGUUCAUAGACAGGGAUUUUUAACAUAAUGGGCACCUUUCGUUCAUAAUAGCAUAUGAACGAAAGGUGCCCACUAUUUGGCAGUAUCGCAACUCAACCUCUAUCUUCAUAUAAAAUCUAUUAGUACCUAUUCACCCCUUUAGGUGGCCCACAGAGGCCAAUGUCUUUAAAUCCCGUUGACAAACCUACCGAGAUUUUCUACUUUUGUGGUUGAUGAUUUGUCUUUUCUUUCGACGCAGCUUUAGCUUAUCGGCUCAUGGCAAAUCGAAUGAGGCAAAAAGAUUCUGAGGGCAAACGAUGUUUCGCGUGUCAAUGAUGCACCGGUGACUUGGCCUACUCUAGUUGGUCUGCGCUUGCCUAAUUCUGGCUAAAAUUGGAGUACCAUUCAACGAUUCUAACCCGGUGCCUUCCUGUUUUUGUGGCCAUAUUUGCUAUUUCUAAACAGACUUGGUAACACUGUUAAAUGGCCUUUAAGCAUAUAGGAAAAUUGCACUUCAGUUUGUUUUAGGUCCUAAAAUUUAUGUUCAUUCAAAAAAUAAAUUUAUGUUCAGAAUAUAAAUGCGUUUUCCUUUCACAGUUCAAGCCGCCCGUUAUGCUAGGCUGUAUUAUUUCGCUUUCCUUUAGAGCUAUGAGAGCGUAUUCAAAUUGUCGAUGCUUCUUUGUUCAAAAAUAUAGUUCAGCUCGUUUUCUGGUAGAACUGAAGCCGACAGAACUGACGGACAACAAAAAGAAAAAAAAAGAAAAAGCUGUAUAUAAUUUUUUAAAAAAGUGAUUUUGUAAUUUCAAAGAAGAUCACUUAUCGGUAGAAAAAGAAAUCAGAAUCUAUAACACAACAGCAAAAAAUCCUCAAUUCUCGGCCUAUUCGAUGUAUUCUAAGCAUUUGUCGUUGUUAUCGAAUCAGCUGUGUCACGAUUUCGUCAUUUGUAUUCAGUAGCCAGUAUGUAAUUUGACUUGUGAAGACAGUCACUUCUGCGCUCUCAGCUCUUGACGUAGCCAGGACGUUCAGUUUCAGGUUCACUUUCUGCACGAAACGCAAAACAUGUAGUGAUGAUGUACCUUGCGUGGGUUGCUAACGGCGAAGAAUAGGCAUCAAAUCCUGACCGCAGUAGUUUACGAGAAGCAAUCGACAGGACGCUGUUAUGAAAGGUUCUGACCAUUUGACAUGACACCUUUUAUGAGAAAAAUGCCCGUGAGGCCUAAAGCGUAGCGACGACAGCGACCGAGAGUAAUCUUAAUUACGACAAUUAUAUAUAAGGUCAACUAUUGCAUCUCCUAAACGAAUCAUUGUUGUUUUCAUUGUUCUGAAAAAGAUUCGAAAGUUCUUACGGGAAACAAUGAUAUUUCAUAGUUGUUGUGGCUGCAAGUUGUUUAUCUCAUUAAUUGGCUUAUUUUGACUAAGUUAAGAAAAAUUACUCUGACCAGGAAUCAUUUGUACUCGUAUUGUCAAAAAUCCUUCUGCUACUAAGUAUCGGCUUGUAUGAAUAUAGCCGUUGCAAAAACAAAUUACUGCGAGUUUAUACUGUAUAUAAUAACCAUUUUGUUCACAAUGAAAUUUACCGAAACUGAAUCACGUGAACGAUAGCGGUGCUGACUACCUAGUCGCCGCAGAAAAUUCGCGGUAACUAAAAAGAAAACCCAACCCAUUUUGUAUUCCUGACAUAACUGUUUUAGAAAAUAUAGACACUGCCUUACGCAUAUUGUGUGUUCAUGCAUCCUAGUUUCUCUGUUUGCUUUGUGCUUAGCCACUAUAGUGUAGGAACUAAAAAGGACACUUACAUCCCACCCAGAUACGUGGACUAGGACCCCGCAUUGUACCGUUUGCGGACACAAGGAAUCAGUAAACGCCGUAUCUUCGUGCAUAUAAGAUUUAGCCACUACUACGACGCAAAGCAUAUAUAUAUGUUGGUUUAUUUUCUUGUAUGAUAGAUGAACAAACAAGAUCAUCUAGUAAAUGCUCCAUUAGAAGCGCUUCCUAGACACAAGGUAUCACUAAAAUAAGCACUCUGCGUAUUAUAACCACAACCGAACUGUGGCUGUCAAACUUUAGCCAUAAUUAACAGCCACAGCGGAAAAAUACUUUUGCCUAAAUGACGGUGUGCCUAUCGCUGGUUAGCUGAACGGGCCACUAAAGUUUCCUUGCUUUUGUCCGACCUGUCUGAAGUUAAAUGGUAGAAAAAUUGACAAUGCAAAGGGUGACGAUAAUAACGUGGGAUAGAAGUGUACAUCGACGAUGACAACGCAGAUCAUCGCCGCAUGCUGCUUGUUGACGACUACCUGGUGUUCGCACAGUUGCACACCUAAAAAAGAAGACUGGUCGGCCACAGCAGGCUCUAUCUACAAGCGCUGUCGCGACGCUCAUCAGCUUCUGCAGCAAUUGAGCCGGGCAAAAAGCGUAGGACACACAUGAGCCAUGGGGGUUAGCCCGUAAAUGUCGUGUGCAGUUCGUGUAAAAGGGUAAUCGCGUUGGUCGUCUGUCAUGUUUCCGUCAAACGCUCUCCAACGAUUACAAUAGCAAUACGUUAAUAUUACACGCGCUAGACUGACCAUAUGAUCUCCUGACUUGAAUACAUUCUGUUCACAUAGAGGAAACGUCAUUAUUUGUCCGCUGCCUCGAGAGUGGUUUACUCUAUAUCAGCGCGCGUCGCAGUGAAGUCUUAGCUAAAAAAGGGUCCCGCUGAGAAGUCCCUUGUAAGAACUUGUGUCCACUCAGUGCACUCAAAAUCGUUGCGUCCCGUCACGUCAUCAAUUAUGCAUGUGCAAUAUCCGGAGCGAAAAGCCUACCAGCAGGUCUCGAGUUUCGAAAAAAAAUACUGAUCAAGUUUCUUUUAAAACAUACCCCAUUUUCAAAAGUAGCCUUCUCUUCAAACUGUUUGUUUUGCCCAUUUGGAAUGCCUGCUGUUAGUGUCAUUGUAUGGCACUCAUCACUGUGCAGUAGUUUUUAGCAUCGCCUAGCAGUUCAGCGAAACUCGUCUGCUUCUUUAAUGACACUGAAUGGUGAAUCAACGAAUGUUAUUAAAUCGCUUAGUGACUACACGACACGCAUCGUUCUUUCAGGCGGGUAGACGCACUAAGUGAUUUCGUAUGGCGGCUGUGAUUCCCUCGCUUCCGAGUACUGCGCAGCCAUGGGCUUCCACACCUUCUGCAACAGUUGCAAGCACAGCAAUAACAGCAGCAGCUACGACAGCAGCAGCAGCAGCAGCAGCGGCAGCAGCAGCGGCGUCACCUGCACCUAACUCCAACGCUAUCCGACAACCGCGCACCGGUAUCGAUCACCAGUACUGCAGUGAUUACGAAGUGUACGAGAGCGGUAGCGUGAACGGCGACGCGUGUGGAGGAGGUCUUGGAGGAGCGUCAGGCCCCGCCAGGAUGGCUCCUCCAAAGGAGUCCAGUGCCAUGACGGCAUCACGGUACUCGAAUGGCUACUCUUCAGAUCAGCAGAGUGAUUCGAACGAUGAAGCAGCCGGUAACAGCCACGGGCCAGCUUAUCUCGUCGAGCAUCUUGCUACUUUCAGAGUGGGUUCAGCUUACGAGGUCGAGUCGCCGAAAGACGGCUUGCGGAAACUCUUCCAGAUGGAGAAGACCAAGGGAAUAUGGACCCAGAAGAUGAGCAUUCGAUUAGAGACGCGCUGGAUGGUUAUUAUCGACGAGGAAAACGGGGAAAUCGUGGAGAGGUUCCCGAUGUCGCUGAUAUCUGAACCGACAGCGUUCACCUCAAACGAUCCGCGUGAACUUUACAAUAACAUUCUCGUGUUUAUCGUCAAAGACGAUCAACCGAAAGGAGCUAAUUCUGAUGCGGAGAUGCAUAUCUUCCAGUGUGUCAGGACAUCCGCACAGGAGGUUGUAAGUGAUGUGAAAACCCUAAUGAUGGGUAAAGGGCUCCCAAAGAAGAAUGGCCAAGUCAAUAUGCCACCUCUCGGGAGAGCGCCAAGGAGUGUGUCGCCUGGUCACCCCCAAGGCCAUACCUCUCCUCCUCCCACAGGCGGAGUCAAUGUCAGGGAACAGGUGAGUAUUUUCAAUAAUGUCAAAUCGGAGUCCCGGCUAAGCCUUUCGAACCGUGGAGGCGACUCGGACGGUGGUCCAUCAGUCCACUCCGUCCACUCGACGCACCCACAUCAGCAGCACGGGCAUGGACAUGGUGCGAUGGGAGGGGCGGGAACUCUGCAUGAGCUUCGGCCUCAGGAUAUGCGCUCUAUCGGGCAGUCGGGUGCGCAGGCGCUUCGUUCAUCGCAGCACGCACAGUACCGUCGCAGUGAUGCCGCGGACGUUGGCGGCGCCGGCGGGCAACAUGACGACUCGUCGUCCACCGGCAGCGAACGCUACGAAAAGGAUGUCGCUAUUUUAAAUCACUGCUUUGACGAUAUCGAACGCUUUAUUGCUCGUCUUCAGAAUGCUGCCACUGCCUAUAAAGAAUUAGAGAAGCGACGGAAAGUCAAGAAGGGUGGCAACAAGACCAACAAAAAAGAUAUGGGAGAGGGCUUACUUAGUAUGCGCGCUAAACCACCUCCACAAAAAGAAUUCGAAGACAUACUCGCGAAGUUUAAACUGUCGUUCAAUUUGCUUGCGAAGCUUCGUAAUCAUAUCCACGAUCCCAAUUCUCCUGAACUGAUUCACUUCCUGUUCACGCCGCUCGCCGUAAUCGUUGACGCCGCACGCGACUUCAACUUUGGGCCAAACCUUGCUUCCAAAGUAGUGGCACCUUUACUUACACGAGAUGCCUGUGAACUUUUGGACAAUUGUUGCACUUCUAAAGAAAACGACCUUUGGCGCUCCCUUGGAGACGCCUGGUCUGUGCCAAGAGACCAAUGGAAGAACUACGAAGAUACAUAUCAGCCGGUAUUCACGGAUGGCUGGGCACCUGAGUAUCCGCACUUCCCCGAGGAGAUCGGGCCAGAAUUGACCGCACGACGCCGCCCGGAAGAAUACGCGCGGGGAGGCAGCGAACGAUAUGAGAUGCGUGCCGACUCGCCUGCGGCGUUGUACGGUCAUUCUGCCCGGAGCUUCCCAGAGGAGCGCGCCCGAACACCGUCGGAGCACGAUUUCGUGCAAAGAUCCGACGUAAGCAGUGAUUCGAUGGAACCUCCCGGAGGCAUCGACGCUCAGAGACACUUCGAGCGACAGCAGACGCUAUUUGUUGAUGAGCUAAAAGCGGCACAGGCCAAAUGCGUGCAGGUAAUGUACCCGCGAACAGCUAACAACGAUAAGGAGCUGACUGUCAUUCGUGGCGAGUACCUUGAGGUAUUGGAUGACUCCCGUAAGUGGUGGAAAACCCGAAAUAUCCGUGGCCAAAUCGGACAUGUUCCACACACGAUUGUAGCGCCCGUCGGCGACAGUGACUAUCAUAACAACGGAUACGAGUCCACCAACAACUACAGCCCCAGCGAGUCACCAGUCGACGGCUAUGGAGGAGGUCGUAUCGGAAGUCAAAUGGGGCCGAUGGCCCGUUCACCCAACUCACAGCCAGCUCCUGCCGAGUGGGUUCGUCGCGAACGCCAGGGCAAGAAAGAAGGGAUGAAACUAAUCGUAGCUUCAGGCGACUGUGAGUCGUCAGCCUCAUCGUCCCCUGCUUCGGGAAGCCGAAUACCUUCAGGACCCAGCUUUCCUACCAGAGGAGGUUCAUUGCACACGGAACAGAUUACGAUGUGCAAGAACCACCGCGGCUUUGCGGAUUCCUUUGAUGCACUCCACUUCCCCCUGGCAGAAACGGCCUAUUGCAGCAACGUCGCUGUGAACCCAUCGUUCGCCUGCGGCGAUGUCGGACCAUCGGCGACACCUUUCUGUAGAGCUGAAUUUCAGCAGCUGGACAAAACGUCGGCGCAUUCGCUGGUCACGGAAGAACACCAUAACACGUCAUCGUUAGCUACAGCCGAUUUGGGCAAUCGACCAAUGACAGGUGGGCAUGCUGCGUCUGGGUAUCCGCCACUUUGCGAACGGCAUCGCGAAAACCGAAGACACUCGCCUUCACUCCACAAAAGUCACGAAGCGGUGUCAAGGUACACUUCACCGGUUCUACGUCGAGCCUUAGACGACAUGAACAGACCCGAAGUUUCAAAAUCUGGUUCUUCCGAGGAUACUAAAUACUGUAGAACUUUGCCAAGAUCGCAUCAGCCCGCGCCGCGUUGUUUCAAUAGUAUGGCAAACGAGGCUGGACCUCGUGAUCCCUGUAGAUUCGGUUCUGUUGACCAUUUCGGCAGGGGCCAAUACCGUCCACUCCAAAAGCAGGAGAUUGAUCAUCACCACCAUGACGGAAAAUCUCACAACCGUCACCACCAACAGCCACAUGAUUCAUUUCUGGUGAUUCCAACACCGCCCCCGCUGCCAAAGUGGACCACGCGUCAACUCGAGAAGCAAAAAAGUAUCGGUAGCUGGUCACAGACAUCGAACGCGUUAAAUCACGGCCCGCACGGUUCCGGCCUGGCUCAUCAAAUGUCACUAUUGCCUCGGGGCAGUCAUGGGAGUCUGAGCUCAUUACGAGCGCGCCGAAGGAGUUCCGACAUGGACUCCGUCUCCACGCGCACUGAAACCAAUGUUUCCAUUAGUCAGAAUGGACCUGCACUGAGCCAGGCAGCGGGCGGAAACAACAGUACAAAUCCUAUUUUAACACAUAGCACCACUGGGAAGGAAAUCCGGAACUUUAGUCCAUCAUCCUUUUCGGCCAUGGACCAGCUAAACGAGGAGCUUCAAGCACAACUUACAUUGUUAAGACGCCAACGCGAGCAAGCAACAAAAGACUAUGGAAACGACGAUGGCUUACUAGGUGCCGAAGGAGAUCCUGUACUGACGAUCACGAGACGUCGCAAACUGCUUCAACCUACGGUUUAUACUUACAUCACACCGGAAAGUAACCCCGAGGAGGUUCGAGAGUGGAUGCUUGACAAAGGGUUCGAACCUGCGACCGUUGAAGCCUGCCGAGGCCGCACUGGUAAGCAGAUGUUUACGUUGACCACUGAAACACUCGCGGACCAUCCCCAACUAACUCGCGAAGAAUUACGUAAACUUAUCAGUCACCUAACAGUUCAGAAGAAUCUUUGUGGGUAUAAGCCCAGAAGCGAUGGUUUAGAGGAGCUUUUACGAAGGCGCAAGAAUUUCGUCGAAGGAAGUGGAACAUUGGAUGAGUUAAUGAGUCCUGAGGGAGAUUCGAGCUACUCCGCCAGCGAAACGCAGAAGUCAGGCGAAUCCAAAGACGACCAGGGUAUUCACGUCCACUGUGCGCCAACGCCACCACCGAAAUCGCGUGAACGUAUCGUGUACACGUGGUCCAAGGAUGGCACAGUUUUGCCGCGUUCGAAAGAGAUGCUAAGCGGAAGUGGCCGUAACUCUCCAACCUCUGCCAGCAGUUCGCUUGUCCUUAGCCCGGGCUCAACGAAAAGUGUUCUCGACUCAAAAGACUCCGUCGACUCCCCCGAGGCCACAUCCAAAAACAAACAUGGACAAACAAAGGACCGACGGACCAAGGUAGACGAUGCGUCGCCGACGGCUAAAGAGGCUUGUACUGGUGAUCAUACGAACGGACGCGGUGGUGCGGCGUCGAGCAGACCGCUUCAGAUUUGCGCUCAAGAAAUCCAGGAAGUGGAAACAGAAAUUUACAAGACUGACGAAGUUCCCGCCAUCGGGGUGCCGAUUAAAGAGGAAGGGGACGACAGGGAAAACACGAGAAUGUAAUCAAUAGAACCGCACACGGUCGGACGGAUAAACGUGAAGCCAGCCGAAACUGCAUACCAUUAAGCGAUACAUUAGUAGCGUUACGACGCAAGUAACCUAUUGUAAUCCAACCACAAAACACUCGAUACGAUCAUGCUCGGGGUUAAGCAAUUUGCUAAGUCAAAUAGAUGUUAGGCUUGUCUAAGGUGCGGACUUGUUUUUCGUUCGAUGAUAUGAAAAAGAUAAAAAUAGCUAACAUCAGGUAACAGUAAAAUUUACCAAUGAAAUGAAGACUAAAGUAAAAAUAGUAAUUUAUUUUAGCUCUGAUGUGGAAAGGAGGACAUUUAUUGAAUGUUAAUGUCCAUAACAUAACUUUAUUAUAGGGUGAUAGUGAUAUGGCGUAUGCAUAACAUAUAUAUCCAUUAAAAUGACGACGACGAUGAUGAUGAUGAUGAUGAUCACGGCAUUAAUAGCAAUUGUUGUUUCGUGUUUUUACUGCUAACCUAGAAUGGACUUGGGACGCGGGGAUCCUCUGAUCGGUCACGGCCUAUGCAAGGUUCCUAAGAGAAAAGUUUUACAUGAACAAAUUUGGAAGUGAUCAGACAUACACUGUGUUAAUAAAGCAUCAAAUUUACCUGCA